GCAGGAGACACCAUAGAAAGAACAGUAGACACUUGGAGCUAACCUAUAAAUUGUGUGUAAACUUUCAUGCUUAUAAAAGUAAAUGAAAUGCGAAAAUGAAAUUACAAAGUACACGCUUGUUCAUAAAUAAUUUGCAAGACAAUAUACACGAUGAAGAUUUACGAAAUAAAUUUUCACGUUAUGGCACUAUAACUACGAUUGAAAUAAAGGAACGAAAAAAUCCUGUCGGAAACCAAACUUCCCACUUUGCUUAUAUUACUCUUGAAAUAGAAAAUAAGGCUUUACAAGAAUGCAUGCGAGAAUUUUCAAGUACAAAAUGGAAGGGCUUUUACGUCGAUGUGCAGGUUGCCAGAGAAAGUUUUAUGGAUCGAUUAAAACGCGAACGAGAAGAAAGUGCGGCUCAAUUAACCUCAAAUUCUGUCAAUAACGGAAUUGUGGGUAGCAGUGACGUAAUUGUUAACCGAAAUUAUCGUAUUGAGCCUUCAUAUGAAAAAGUAAAACCAGCCAUCCACAUUAAACAUAAUGAAAACUCGGUUAGCAUUCCAGAAGCAAAUGAUACAAUAGAGAAUGGCACUGCAAAUCAAAGUACAAAGAGAAAGAAUGACGCUAUUGAUAAUGCUAAACGUUUACAGUCCUUACGCCAAAUGAAAGAAGGAUACAGACAGCAGAAACAGUUUAUUAAAAAUUCACUUUCCAAUAUUGAGGGUAAGAAAAGCAAUAAAAUUGUUUUUGAUGAUGCCGUUUCGGAUGAUACCCUAAAAAUACAAAAAUCCACUCCGAAGUUAACACUUUUCGAAGGAGGAGAAGAAGGCGAUGAAGACAUGUACAACUUUGAAGUACGCGAGGAGCUGCAAGGACAAAAGGGUCAAAAAUUAAUGCAAUUGCAAUCCAGGUUUAAAAAUGAUAAACGAUUUAAAAUGGAUUCCCGAUUUUUAGAAGAGGAUACUGAAGAAGUAAAUGAGGUUGAUAUGUGUGAAGAGAAAGAAAAGCAAAUGGAAAUUUUGGAAUCAGUGUUAGGCCAAAAGAUUAAGCGAUGGUCCAAUCCGAAAGAUGCACAUACAAGUAUACAGCCCAAUGUAAUGUUACGAUUUGACCCAUCUCAACCAGAACACUCGAAAUAUGAAGUACAACCUCGUAAAGUAGAGACUAAAAAGCAGAAGGUAAAAAAGGUCGUCGUCACACGAGAGGUUGCUCCACAACCGGAAGUAUCAAAGGAAACAUUUUAUACUGUCGAAAGUGACUUAAAGCAGUCGCUGUAUAGUUCUGAGGGGUUUAGUUUAAGUAAACUAUUUGGCACUAAAGUCAAUGAGAUUGAAGAGGAAACGGCGCAAGAACAUUUUAAAGAACAACCACGUGAUGUCAUACAAACUGAAUUUGGCCCCAACCCGUUCAAAUACGAUUCAUCUGAAGACGAGAAAGAGGAACCUCUUGCCAGUUUGCCGUUUGUGGAAAAAAUCGAGAAAGUUCAAGUAAAGCCCAGGUUGUGGACUGACACAUUCUUUUUUAAGGAAGAUGACUAUCGUUUGCAAGAGGGGUUUGAUUUUAUUAAGAGGCUACAAGUUGCCAAGCAACAGAAUUUCAACACUGUGAGAAGGAAUUUGAGAGAAAUUGUUAAAGGAAAAGUAAAGAAUAACUUGAGGAAGAAUCGACCAUUUAAACGAAAAUUGGGAGGCGCCAAUAAAAAACGCAUUCAAAUAAAAAAAUUAAUUCCGAUCUAUUUAUUUCACAAUCAGUCAGUUUACACAUAUACCUACAACACCCGAAGAUUUUUUGUGCAAAACUUGUUACAUCAAUUAUAGGAGAAAAACCUUAUUCUGUUGCUGAAUGUGCAAAUCACCCUAGCUUUGUAAAACUAGUUGUCAGGUAAACUCCUGACUUGACUUUCCCACCAUUUUUAGUAUAGUCAUUGCAACUAUCUAUGGUCAUAAUAUAACAUUUAGAAAAUGCCGUCUGGCGUCUUUGUUUUGAACCUGACUCAGAAAGUGUCUUUUUUGUAUAUCUCAUCAAGACACACCUUU